AUGAAUUCGACAUUUUCAUCUAAUGUCGGUUCCUCCAGUGCUUCGCAAGGAACGGAAUUCGUGGAACGAAAAAUUGAUGAUAUGAAAGGCAACAACAGCAAAGAUAGCGAUUCCGAAGGGGAAGGAGCAGAAGAGAUUCUGGAAGAAAGUCCAUGCAAAAGAUGGAGUAAACGGCGUGAGCAAGUGAAGCAACGUGAUGUUCCUGGUAUCGAUUGUGCUUAUUUGGCAAUGGACAAUGAAACAGGGAAUGAAGUGGUCUGGAACGAAGUUUUGUUCUCAGAACGCAAGAAUUUUCGUUCUCAGGAAGAACAGAUCAAUGCGGUUUUUGACAAAUUGACUCUUCUUGUGCAUACAAAUCUUGUUAAAUUUCAUAAGUAUUGGACAGACUCGAAAUCUGAUAAACCUAGGAUAGUUUUUAUAACUGAGUAUAUGUCUUCUGGUUCAUUAGCACGGUUUCUACAACGAACCAGAAAAUCAGGUGCCACAUUGAAUCUAAAGGCGUGGAAGAAAUGGACCACACAAAUUCUUGCUGCAUUGAGUUAUUUGCAUUCAUGCAAUCCUCCCAUUGUUCAUGGCAAUCUGUCUUGCAACACGACCUUUAUUCAGCACAACGGCCUGGUCAAAAUUGGUUGUGUCGCUCCAACUGCAAUUCAGCAUCACGUAAAAACGUUUCAAGAGAACAUCAGAAAUAUGCACUAUAUUGCACCGGAAUACGAACAUUGUAAUGCUGUAGCUCCGCCAGCUGACAUCUAUUCCUUUGGAAUAUGUGCGCUAGAGGCAAGUUUAAUCUCGAAUAUGAGUUUAAGUAUGGGGCAGCGUAAGUUUUCGGGAAAAGGCUGCGGUCGGAGACUGACUUGUAUGGCUUUACCAACAGGUCUUUGUGGCUCUUCUAAUGGUACUGAAACAAGUGUCGUUUCGCAGGAUAUGAUUCAGAGAGGAUUAAAAUCCUUGGAAGAUCCUCUGCAAAAAGACUUUAUCGAGAAGUGUUUGAACUCGGAUCCAACAAAGAGGCCCACUGCUCGUGAACUGUUAUUCCAUAGUAUUUUGCAUGAGGCAUAUUCUCUGAAACUGUUAGCUGCUCACUGUAUUGUCUUAUUGAAAUUAAAUGACAGUUUAAGUGAAGAUUGUCUGCAUGUGAAAGAUGUGAAUCGAGUUGCUGCGACAUCCAAAUUUCGUUCUAUGACAUAUAGUCAAGUUCCAAAUUUCCAGGUGGAUCUAGAAAAGUUUUUAGAGGAUGUGAAUACUGGAGUAUAUCCUCUUGUAACAUUUCCUGUUUCCUACCAUCAAGGAAUGACAGCUUCAACUUCCUCGUCAGCUAUGGCUGGUGAGAAACAGCACGACGAUCGUAGAUUAAAUGGAAAUAAGUCAGAAUCGACACCUUCAGCAGACUCACCUUUAGAAUACAAAGAAAACCGUUCAAUCAUUAAGUCUACAGUUACUCUGAACGGUUCGACAAUAACGUUAAUUGUUCAGUUAGACGACAUGAUGAACCGGCAAUUAACAGCAAGGAUAACUGACAGCGAUACAGCAAGCGUCUUAGCAUCGGAGCUAGUGCAUCAUGGUUUAAUUGCAGAGAACGAUAAAGCAAGGGUAGAAGAUGCAUUUGCGAAGGCUCUUGAAAAAGAACCUACUGAUAGCAGUUUUGGAGAUGAAAGAUUAGGUCAUGAAAUAUAG